ACAUGACGAUUCAGCAGCACUGCCCCGCCAUUACGUAGCGCCGACGAAACAGAGCGCACUCAGCCUUGGGCAAAAUUUCGGCUGCGGCGAGCGAAUAUGCACUCCCUCGACUAACGGCCGCGAAUAUCAUCGUCUUACAUCUCUCUAUCUAUACGAUACGCAUCCCACGGCGCCGCCAGCCAUCCACGCUUUGCUCUCGCUCUCUCAUUCGCUCGCCGAAAAUGGUCGUCGAUACGGCCUAUUACGACACCCUCGGCGUCAAGCCGCAGGCCACGGAGCUAGAGAUCAAAAAGGCCUAUCGCAAGCUGGCCAUUGUCCACCAUCCAGAUAAGAAUCCCAACGACCCGACAGCACACGAAAAAUUCCAGGCCAUCGGCGAGGCCUACCAGGUGCUCUCAGACCCGGAUCUGCGAAAGGCCUACGACAAGUAUGGAAAGGACCACGCGAAGCCGCAAGAGGGCUUCGUCGACCCGGCCGAGUUCUUCUCUGCCAUCUUCGGCGGCGAGGCCUUUGUCGACUGGAUUGGCGAGAUCAGCUUGAUGAAGGAUCUGGCCGCCACAAUGGACAUUGCCAUGGAGGAGGGAGAAGAAGGGGAGGGUGCGCCGCAGACGCAGGGAGAUGAAGAGUUCCCGGGAACUGCCGAGGCAAUGAAAGAGAGCAUGAAGGAGAAGGAGAAGGAGAACCAGGAGACAUUCGCAGGCUCCGCGUCCGCGCCGCCCCCCACGGUACCUCCCACGGUGGUGGUAGAGGACGAAAAGGCAAAGACACCUGUACAGCCUGCGACUGCGACACCGCCGCCUCGAUCCGAAGCUACAUCUCCGGCGCCUUCAUAUGGCUCCCGGAGCCGGCAGAUCCCCAUCCGACCGGCCCUUACCGAAAAGGCCCACGACGACACGGAGAAGGAAAUCGAACAGACAGAGGACGACCUCAAGGGCAAAGGAAAGAAGAAGGGCGGCAUGAGCAAGGAGCAGCGGGAGAAGCUGCUGGCUUACGAGAAGGAGCGCGCGCGCAUUCGACAGGAGCGCGUGGAGGCACUUACAAAGAAGCUUCUGGACCGGGUCAGUGUGUGGACGGAGACGGACAAGGGCCCCGACGUCACUCGGGCCUUCCAGGAGAAGAUGCGGCUCGAGGUGGAGAAUCUCAAGAUGGAGUCAUUUGGCAUCGACAUUCUUCACGCCAUCGGCCAGACUUACAUGUCCAAGGCCUCGGUCCUCCUCAACAGCCAAAAGUUCCUCGGCAUCGGUGGCUUCUUCAGCAAGCUGAAGGACAAGGGGACGCUGGUCAAGGACACCUGGAACACCAUCAGCAGCGCCAUCGACGCUCAGCAGACGGUGGAGGACAUGGCCAAGAUGGAAGAGCGGGGUGGCGAAGACUGGACGGACGAAAAGCGUGUUGAAUACGAGCGCCGCGUCACGGGCAAGAUCCUGACGGCUGCGUGGAGAGGCAGCAGGUUCGAGAUUCAGGGCGUGCUGCGCGAGGUGUGCGAUGCGGUCUUGAAGGACAAGAAGGUUCCGCUGUCGAAGCGGUUAGAGCGAGCGCAGGCGCUCAUGCUGAUUGGCGAGAUUUUCAUCAAGGCUGAGCGGUCCCCCGAAGAAGAGGGUGAUUACCUGCUCUUCGAGCAGCUGGUUGCCGAGGCCGCCAUGAAGAAGGACAAGCACGAAGACCACAAGCACAAGAAGGAUAAGAAGUCCAGGGAUAUGACCGCGGAAGAGGUUGCGCAGGAUGCGCCUAACGUGCCUAAACCAGAGCAGCCGGCGGCGUAAGAUGGGGGGGAGCACAAAAUGGGAUAUGAGGACCCUUGUUUGUUUAGAGAAAUACUGUCGAGAUUGCCGGAUAGAGAGCGAUCGGGCAUAAUCUUAUUAUAUAGAGUACACAGCUUUUUU